UCUCUGUUAGCUUGCACAACUGUUUGGUGCCCCAGAUGCGUUGUGGUGCCGUGGCCCCUGCCGCGGCUACCGUCGCUGCUGCUGUCGUCUUCACAGUCCGGGUCGCCAUGUCUGUGGAUGCGUCUCUGAGUGCCGGUCUGGGCGGCUCCUCGUCCUGGGUUUCUUCGUGCUUGCUGCUGCUGAUCUUCAUGGUCUGGUUCGCCCAACGUCUGCUGGGAGGCGACUCCAAAAGAUUCCCCCCAGGUCCCCGGCCAUGGCCCCUGUUGGGAAAUCUGAUGCAAGUCAACCUGCAUGCCCCGUACGAGACCCUCACAAAGCUGGCUGAGACGUACGGGCCGGUGUACAGCGUGAGCCUCGGCCCACGCCGCAGCGUCGUCCUGGCAGGAUACGAAGCCGUGCGGGAGGCUCUCGUGUUGCAUGCAGACGACUUCUCGGACCGUCCCAUCGUGCCCCUGCACAGGGACUUGUCCUCCUACAAAGGGCUGGUGUUUGCGCAGAGCGAGCAGGCGCGCAUUCGGAGACGCUUCUCGCUGUCCGUGCUCCGGACGCUGGGCAUGGGCAAGAGGAGCGUGGAGGCAGUGGUCGCAGAGGAGGCCGAAGCCCUCCUGCAGCGCUUCAAGGACAUGGACGGGAAGCCAUUCGAGACGAUGAUCCACAUCAACUUGGCGACGGGGAACGUGAUCUGCUCCAUCACGCUGGGCAAGCGGUUCGACAUCAGCGACACGCAGAUCAUCCACCUGCUCGAGUUGCUCAACAGCAAUGUGCAGACGAUGGGCAACGCUUGGGCGCAGGUGUACAACGCGUUCCCCCUGCUGAAGCACUUCCCGGGGCCGCACAAGCAGCUGUUCAAGGACAAGCAGCGGUUUUUCGACUUCCUGCAGGUCUACAUGGAUGAGCACCGGGCCGAGCGCACGCCCAAUGAGCCGCGGGACUACAUCGACGCCUUCAUCGACAAGCAGGCCGAAGAGGAGGCAGGCAUGCGCAGCACGACGUUUGACAACGAGUCGUUCCUCGCCUGCAUCACCAGCCUCUUCCAGGCGGGGACGGAGACGACCGCCAACAGCCUGCGCUUGGGCCUCUUCUACAUGAUUACCUUCCCGGACGUGCAGAAGCGUGUGCAGGAGGAGAUCGACUGCGUGGUCGGCCCGCUGCGGUUGCCAACGUUCGCCGACCGCGACGCCCUCCCCUACACGCAUGCCGUGGUGCACGAGGUGCAGCGCUUUGCCAACAUUGUGCCCAUCGCCGUGCCACACGCCACAACCAACGAUGUCACCUUCCGCGGAUUUUUCCUGCCCAAGGGCACCCCUGUGAUCGCCCUCCUCCACUCGGUGCUCAGGGACAAGUCUCAGUGGGAGAGGCCUGACCAGUUUUACCCGGAGCACUUCUUGGACGCCGCCGGAAGAUUCCGCAAGCGGGACGCCUUCAUGCCCUUCUCCGCAGGUCGCCGCAUGUGCAUGGGGGAGAGCCUGGCGCGCACGGAGCUCUUUGUCUUCCUCUCCGCGCUGCUGCAGAACUUCUCGUUCCACGCUCCGCCGGGGCGGCCACUCCCCAAGCUCACGCUGUGCCCGGGAUUCGUGCUGUCCGCCCCGGCCUACGAGCUGUGCGCCAUCAGCCGCAUUUAGCCCCUGCUGCUGCUGCUAUAGCUGCUGCUAUUGUUACUGCUGUAGCUGCUGCUGCUACUGCUGUAGCAGCUGCUGUAGCUGCUGCUGUAGCUGUUGCUGUUAUUGCUGCUGGAGACUUCACAGUAUAUUGGAGGCGCCACGGUGGCUAGGAGAUGUUAAUUACCUCGCCCGGUAUAUAGGUCAUGGGUUCGAUCUCGACCCUGAUUCCUGGUAGUUUGGAGUUUGCGUGUUCACUCUCCCCGUGGUUCUGUGGAUUUUUCUCCGGGCCCUCUGGUUUUUCCCUCCACAUUUAGAAUCAACAUCCACGCGUUUUGAAUAUUAGGCUGCUAUAAACGUCCACGUUAUGAUAAGCCCACUUUGUUGAGCUAUCAUUUGUGGCCAAGUUGCUUUUGAAAGAAAGCUACAUAGCUUAAUGAGCCUUGCCUGGACCUCCCAUUAGCACGCUUGGCUAUGUAGGGGGCAAAAGAAGUUCAACAUAUAUACACAAACACCUGGGAAAAUAAAAAUUGUUUAUACUUUAGAGUCACGUUUGACAGAGAGAUGUGACAGCUGGAAACUAUAGGUUUGGAGAGGCGGGAGACUUUGAUUUGCCAAUUGUUCAGUAUUGAAUUAACAGAAAUGGAAUAGUACGUUAAUUGUGAAUUAAAUGUUUAUUAGAAAAUGGUAAAGAGAUGCAUUUUUAUGUUAAGCAUAAAAAACACUAACAUAACAAAAUCACGCUAUUUCAUAAUUCAA